CUCGCCAGAGGAGCCGCAGUCUUGGGUGCGCCAAGGUGGUGUUUCAGUAGUCUUCUGACCCGCCUCUCCCGUGAACCCGGCGUCGUUGGACUGCACCCCGGGCGGGGACGUCCGCGGGGCACGGGAGGAAGCCGCAAUGCCGAUCAAUAAAUCAGAGAAGCCGGAAAGCUGCGAUAACGUGAAGGUGGUGGUUAGGUGCCGGCCCCUCAAUGAGAGAGAGAAAUCUAUGUGCUACAAACAGGCUGUCAGUGUGGAUGAGAUGAGGGGAACUAUCACUGUGCACAAGACUGAUUCUUCGAAUGAACCUCCAAAGACAUUUACUUUUGAUACUGUUUUUGGACCAGAGAGUAAACAACUAGAUGUUUAUAACUUAACUGCCAGACCUAUUAUUGAUUCUGUUCUCGAAGGUUACAAUGGGACUAUUUUUGCAUAUGGACAAACUGGAACUGGCAAAACGUUUACCAUGGAAGGUGUUCGAGCUGUUCCUGAACUUAGAGGAAUCAUUCCAAAUUCCUUUGCUCACAUAUUUGGUCAUAUUGCAAAAGCAGAGGGUGAUACGAGAUUUUUGGUUCGAGUGUCUUAUUUGGAAAUAUAUAAUGAAGAAGUUCGUGACCUUUUGGGCAAGGAUCAGACACAGAGGUUAGAGGUUAAAGAAAGACCUGAUGUGGGAGUUUAUAUCAAGGAUUUAUCAGCUUAUGUGGUCAAUAAUGCUGAUGAUAUGGAUAGAAUUAUGACACUGGGCCACAAGAAUCGUUCUGUUGGUGCAACUAAUAUGAAUGAACAUAGUUCCCGUUCGCAUGCCAUCUUUACAAUUACUAUAGAAUGCAGUGAAAAAGGUGUUGAUGGUAACAUGCAUGUCAGGAUGGGGAAGCUUCAUCUUGUAGAUCUUGCUGGUUCAGAAAGACAAGCAAAGACUGGAGCUACUGGACAGCGCCUGAAAGAAGCUACAAAAAUCAAUCUUUCGCUUUCCACCCUUGGCAAUGUUAUUUCUGCCUUGGUUGAUGGAAAAAGCACUCAUGUGCCUUAUCGUAACUCUAAAUUGACUCGUCUUCUUCAGGAUUCUUUAGGAGGAAAUUCAAAAACCAUGAUGUGUGCAAAUAUUGGGCCAGCAGAUUACAAUUAUGAUGAAACCAUCAGUACAUUGCGGUAUGCUAAUCGUGCUAAGAAUAUUAAAAACAAAGCUAGAAUUAAUGAAGAUCCAAAGGAUGCUUUGCUUCGUCAGUUUCAGAAGGAAAUAGAAGAACUGAAAAAAAAGCUUGAAGAAGGGGAAGAAAUAUCAGGCUCUGAUAUCAGCGGGUCAGAGGAAGAGGAUGAUGAAGAGGGUGAGAUUGGAGAAGAUGGAGAGAAAAGGAAAAAAAGAAGGAGUAAAAAGAAAGUUUCCCCAGAUAAGAUGGUUGAAAUGCAAGCAAAAAUUGAUGAAGAGAGAAAAGCACUUGAAACAAAGCUUGACAUGGAAGAAGAAGAAAGAAACAAGGCUAGAGCUGAGUUAGAGAAACGGGAAAAAGAUCUUCUUAAGGCCCAACAGGAGCAUCAGUCUUUGCUAGAGAAAUUAUCUGCACUGGAGAAGAAGGUAAUUGUUGGUGGUGUUGAUUUGUUGGCAAAAGCUGAGGAACAAGAGAAACUUCUUGAAGAAUCCAACAUGGAACUGGAAGAAAGGAGAAAAAGAGCAGAGCAACUUCGUAGAGAACUUGAGGAAAAAGAGCAAGAACGCUUGGAUAUUGAAGAAAAGUAUACCAGUUUGCAAGAAGAAGCACAAGGAAAGACCAAGAAAUUAAAGAAAGUUUGGACUAUGCUGAUGGCUGCAAAGUCAGAGAUGGCUGAUCUCCAACAAGAACAUCAGAGGGAAAUUGAAGGCCUCUUGGAGAAUAUUCGACAACUUAGCCGGGAACUGAGACUUCAGAUGCUUAUUAUUGAUAACUUUAUACCUCAGGAUUAUCAAGAAAUGAUUGAAAACUAUGUCCAUUGGAAUGAAGACAUAGGAGAAUGGCAGCUAAAAUGUGUUGCCUACACAGGAAAUAACAUGAGAAAGCAGACUCCAGUUCCAGAUAAAAAGGAGAAAGAUCCCUUUGAAGUGGACCUUUCCCAUGUGUAUCUUGCCUAUACUGAGGAGAGCCUACGGCAGUCCUUGAUGAAAUUAGAGAGGCCACGGACUUCAAAGGGAAAAGCACGGCCAAAGACUGGGAGAAGAAAGCGUUCUGCAAAGCCUGAAACUGUAAUUGACUCUUUACUUCAGUAAACGUUACAGACUUAAAGUCAAAAUAAAAAUUAGUGAUAUUCUCAUGCCUGGAUAAAAUAUUUAAUUAAAACAUUGAAGACUUUUGUGUAAUUUCCAGUAAUUCAACUUGUAAAUCAUGGAGUAAGUCUGGAAUUAAUACUUUGCCUAAUAACUUUUAGUCCAUAUAUAUUAAGUUAAUAUAACAUGAAAAUUGUACCACUGGUAAUUGUUCAAAUUGUCAAUUCCUUUUUCAACUUAUACUGUGCAGGGAAGUUGAAGGAGCAGUCCAUACUAUAGAGAGUUGCAGUUUAAAUGUGUACGUAAGUCUACCAGUGAUUUCCUCAACUACUAUCUAUUUAGAUAACUGGACAGAUAUUCAAAAUAGAAAAAAAAAAAAACCCAGUAAGUCCUGUUUUGCACAUAGAAAGUUGCAGGUCUAGUUGUCCUAUGAUUUCCUGUUAUAUAUGAAUGUAUGGGUUGCAUAUCUAAGAAAUGAUGGAAUCCUAACACUCACCUGGCCUUUUAAAAUAUAUUCUAAUUUUUAUACUCACAUUGAUUUCAUUUAAUGUGUGAAAUGGGUGAUCUUAUUAAUCUAUAGAACACUUUUAUGAUUUGAUAGUCUAGAAGUAUACAUGUUUAAGAAACAAAAGCUGAAAAUAUGUUUCAUCUGGACCUCUCUUGAUCUUUUCUGCCACUUUAACUUCAGGUCAAAAAUUUUGUUUGAUUUCAUGUUUCUUGAAACAUUGAAUUUGUACCUAAAUAUAAAGGAGUCACCCAGUUACAGAAAAUUAAGAAGCUAAAUAUUUGUCACUAGGUAUUAUUUUUUAAAUUCACUUUGAAGCUUGAUUAAUGGACACUUUCCUGUGUCUGACUUCUAAAUUUUGAUGGAAAUUGCUCUGUCUCUCCCAAUUGAGAAAGAUCUCCAUUUUCUGAAAAAUAGAACCAAAGCAGGAAAAAUACCUUUUAAUUCUUUGUCUUUAAAACACUUUGUUUGUCUUUCUUCUUAUUUUAUAAAGAAAAUAGUCUUCCCUGAAUUUCUUCCAUUGACAAUUCCAAUUAGAACACACCUCUAAAAUAAAAAUUAUGUUUAUUUUAUAGUAAAAAGGAAAAGUUUUCAUAGAUAGAAUUAUUGUUUUUUUUGUUGGCUGCUUGUAAAAUUUUUAUUUUUUUAAGUUAUGCUACUCUAAAACCACUAUAUAUAUAUAUAUAUUUAUCUUUUAUGAGUUUUAAAAUUAUGUAAUCACCCCUGAAACACAUUGGCUACAUGUUUUAAGACUGCAUAAAUUAAUAAGUUUGGUUAAAUAUUGUUUUACAAUUACAAAGCUAUGUAUAGAAUGGAAGUGAAGGUAGCAUACUUGUGAAUUGUGUAAAAAUAUGUCCAUAAAUUUAAAGUACAUUUCAAAGGUGAUGUACUAAAUAUCUUGUGUAUGGUGAAUUUUUUCUAGGUAAGAAGAAUUGGAUUUAACUAACAGCAUUUUCUUUGUGAUGUGCAAGAGAGUUAGACAUUUAUCACUUUGUGGGGCAUUGUUUAGAUACUGUGAAGACUUGAGGUGAACUUAUGUCUUGUAAAAACUGUGUAAGCAGAAUAUCUUGGCAGUUAUAGAUGCACAUUUAACUCUAUUAGUAAUUACUCUAGAGAAAUCUUAAUUUUACCAGUAGAAAAAAAGAAAUGACUGUGUCUUCUUUUUAAAAGUCCACAGGUCUAGCCUUUAACCAUCAAUUUAAUAGAAAAGGGAUAACUUUUGCAUUAAGCUUUAAAACAUUAAGGAAAAUUUAAGUCAUUAUCUUAGAUUUUUUUCUUUACCGUGUCACCGCAGUAACAAAAAGAAAGCUAUAAAAAGUCAAAACAUUGAGAAAUUUUAAAAAUAGGCUGCUUUAGCGUUUACAUUAGAACUGAUAUCAAGAUUAGAUAUUGGAGCCAGGCCUGAGUAUCCAUGUGAAAGCAUGGGAACCUAACGUUAAAGCUGUUCACUUAGCUCCAAUCAUAGCAGUUCUGUGGUUUCUUCACAUUUACUUUGCAUCAUCAUCCAAAAAUGAAAUAUUUUGUAACUUCAGUGUUAGUUUCAUGAAAAGAUAUAGAUAAAUUUGCUCAUUAUUUGAAAUAAGAAACAUUUAAAAUGAGUGUCACAUAUAAGUAGGUUAUUGAAUGUGAGUGGCUAUUUUUUCUCUUUAAUUUAAAAAAGUAGUAUUUAUUAAGAGGAGCCUUGGUAGAAUGUUGUUUGUGGUAUGUUCUUUAGUAAACCUUGCAAAUAUAUGUAGUAAUAAUUGGGAUAUUAAAAUAUGAUAGUAUUCCCUAUUUUUGUUUAGAUUCUUGUGAAGUGUAGGGGUAAUUAAGGUGGGAGGUUUACAUCCAUGUGUUCAUCCCACAGGUAGAAUCAGUUUGACAUGCCAUGUCAUCUACUUUUUGAGAAGAGGGGGCCUUUUUUUUGCUGCAAGAAAUUUAAGGUUUCUUUGGGGGAGAGGGUGGUGCUACUUCAACUGUAACAUAUUUUUUUAAAUUAUAGCUUUAGUUUGUUGUGUUUCUUUUUCAUCUUUUAAUAACAUUUUCCCCUUAACUGUUACCAUAAGGAAAGUCCCUCCUUUUCCUGCAGGGCUGUAAAUUAAAGGAUGGGUAGAGUUUACAUUUAAGUACGUCAGUGUCUGCCCAGUUUGUUAAUGUAUGCAUCUGUGUUCCUCUUUAGUUACUUUUUGAUGUAAAUGCUAGAAGAAAACAUAGAUCUUCCUAGUGCCUUUGAACUUCUACUGUAGUCUAAUUUAAAUCAUCAGUAACUUCAAUAGCAUUACUACAAUACUGUAUACUGGCCAGAAUUACAAAUUGUAUGAUGAGUUUGUUGCAUUAAUUUCAAAAGCCACACUUUCACUGUAUUUUAUGUAUAAAUUGUAUUUGUUCAAGUUGUAUAUAUUGAUAUUGUAUGUAUACAUACAGCAUGCUUAAGUAAGAAAUAAAAAUCUUUAGCCUAA